UACUGAAUUGAAAUGAAGUGACUUGUAUAGUUUUAUGUCCAUGUGUUCAGAUGAGAAUUUUUUUUUAGCUCGCUUUUUAAAGUUAUUGAAUGCCGUGACAUCUAAGUUUACAUCUAUCUAUGCUAUAAUUAGGUUUUUCUUUGUUUCUGGGGAAAAAUGAAUUCCAACUGGCAGUUGAUUGAUGAGAAAGUCCUUUUAGCAAAUCAAAAAUUUGAUUUUUAUGAUGGUGUCAAUGUCUAUGUAACAAGGCCUCAUAUUUUAAAUCAAAAAGUUUCAGCUGUUGAGAUUCUUGAAGAUUAUACUAAUGUUCUUAUUAAUAAUGAAUUGCUUAGACAUUUAGAAGAAGAUUUUGUAGUUGAAGAAGUUAAGGAAAUAUUAGGCAAAGGAGAAGUUUACUAUACAGUUCAAGAAUCACCAGCUUAUAGUGAGCAUAGUGAUGUGGCACAUCUAAAUGAAAAUAGGUUAAUUUUUAGAAGUUUGAUUCCUAGACAGUUAAACAUAUAUCAAGAAGUUAUGGAAGUUGUUAUUUUAAAUCCGAAGGAAGUUAGUAUUGCUUUUUAUCCCAAACGAAGUGAUGUGCUCAAGUCACGUAUAACUCCUGUAUUUCCUUACAAAAUUACAUAUGUUGAAAAUAGGUCCAGUGUUAAAUUGGAGAUACUUCAGCCUUCAUAUAAAGAACCUAGACAUGAUGAAUCAGUGCAAUGGCUAAAAUCCAAAGUCUUUCCUAAGAUAAUUAAAUGGUGUCAAGAAAUUCCAAAGAGUCCUGUCAUUCCAUCUCUAAAACUCCUUUCGGCUAAGGAUUAUAAUGUGAAUUUACAUUAUUUAAAAUCUAAAUAUGCUGAUAAAUUUGUUAAGAUUUGGCCAGAAUACAACAAUACUGAUCCAAUUAAAUAUGUUUAUGAAGACAUAGCAAUUGCUGCAUACCUUAUUACGCUGUGGAAUCGAGAGAGAGAGGAAAUGCAGUUAUCACAAAAGCAGACAUUUAUUGAUUUGGGGUGUGGAAAUGGACUUCUGGAUCAUAUCUUGUCAUCUGAAGGGCAUAAAGGAAUGGGCAUUGAUCUGAGAAGAAGAAAAAUUUGGGAUGUUUAUGGACCUGAAACUAUUUUAAUUGAAAAAGUCAUUCAACCAAACGAUAAGCAACGCUAUCCUGGAUAUGAUUGGAUUAUUGGUAAUCAUGCUGAUGAACUAACUCCCUGGAUUCCAGUUAUUGCUUCAAGAUCCAGUUACGAUAUGAAAGUGUUUUUACUGCCUUGUUGUUUUUAUACAUUUGAUGGCAAGUAUGAAAGAAUUCAUCAUAAAGAAACUCAAUAUCAAUCUUACUUAAAGUUCUUGCUUUCUCUCUGUACAACUAUGGGAUUCCAUGCUGAGAUAGAUAAACUGAGAAUACCAUCUACAAAAAGGACAUGUGUAGUUUGUACUCAUCGUAAUUACAGUAGGGAAGAUGAACCUGAAAUAGAUAAACAGAGAAAAAAAUUCAUUGCCUCUAAUUUGAAAGGGCCUAAAUUUUCUCCAAACAAUGAAAACUACUUUGCAAUUUCUACGUGGACAGGGAAUGAGCCAUCUGAGGAAAGGCCACUUACAACAUGGGUGCCUAAUUUUAUUCCUAGAGAAUCUAUAGAAAAAGUACAGAACUGUUCGCAGUUAAAUAAAGAGACUAUUAACUCCAUAAUCAAAAAAGUUGUCAACCAUUUGCUAGCAACCAAUUCUACAGUAGCUGUGCAAAGACAAGACACAACUUUUUAUUGGAAUCAAGGAGGUUCCUUAGAAAUUAAAGAACUCUGCAGUUUACUUGGACCGGAGAUAUUAAAAUGCAUGAAAGCCCAGAAUGGAGGUGUCCAAACAUUUCUUCGGAAUCAUAGUUUUAUUUUUGAAGUGAAAGACAACCGGAUUCGACUGAAGCUACCGCACAAUAUCAACGUGUCAAACGAGGAAUCGUUUAAUGUAGCAAAGAGAAAGAAAAAUCAAGAGAAAAGGCAAAUUGGAUUCAAAACAAGAAACUGUUUUUUCCAUUUCAAUCAUCCACAAGGAUGUCCACUGUCUUCUAAUGAAUGUUCUUUUUCUCACAAGGAUAUAGAGAGCUGAAACCAUUAGGAUUUUAUAAAUUCAAUGGCAUAAUAAAUUUUUAAUUUAAAAUUUCUUGUUACAUUUAUGCGAGUUUUAAAUCUCUAUAGAACUGUUUUUACCCACUCAUGAAAAUUAGCUCUUAUACUUUGGUUGUGAGACCUGAUAUCAGUAUUUUGCUGCAUCCUUUUAUACAAAUGGCUGUUACUGUAAAAAUGGGAUUAUUAGAAAUAGUUUUCAGUUUUGAUUUUAAAUGGGGAGUUAUUCUACAGAAAAUAUAAGUAAAAUAUCACAUAAUAAUGGAUCUAUAUCCGUGCAUUGUGCCUUUUUUUAAUGAAUUGUGCCUUGGUUAAUUAAUGUAUUGAU